CGUGGAAGACUGCAUGGAGCGCUCCAGUGCAGCCAUUCCAGAACCCCUGAAACGUGGCAAAUAACCUUGUAUUCAUGAUCGGCGCGUCAAUUUUUUAAGUUUGUUCGGGUGUUUAUCCGCCGCAGCUUUCGUCUGGCCUGUGGAGAAAAUCAUCGGAAUCAGGAGGAAAGAGAAGAUGGGUUGAUAGCCGCGAAAGACUUUAUUUAUUGUUGUGUAUGAAUGGAGGACAAGCACAUAAGCAAUUUUGUUUGUCUCCUUGUUUAUUCCAGCAACCUCGAAGGAAGCAAAUUAGUGAGGCUCGCUUAGUGGCACAAUAGAGCAUCAUUACGAAAUUUAUGAACAACUUCUUCUUACCUUAGGUAUCUGUUAGCGCUUGAUCUCGUUACAGCAUUCUCGUUGAUCAACCUUGACUCAAGAGUUUUCACCGCCCUCCUAAAGACCUACGGAACUCAGGAUGCCAAAGCCAAAGCAGUUUACCAAGGUGCCGAAGAAGAAGUCGAAGCACGUUCAGGCGGCCCCAGAAACUGCCGACGAGUACCUCGCAGCGGGUGUAGACUUUGAGGAAGCUGGGGGAAAAUGGAGAGGUGGUGAUGCAGCCAAAUCUACAAGAUUCUUCGUUCGCGCCAUUGAAUGCUACGAUGAGGCUCUGAAGAAGUUUCCGAACUCGUUUGAUCUAGCAUACAACAAAGCCCGAGUCCAAUAUGAGCUCACUCAGCAUCCAAAGCUGCUGCAACAGUUACCUGGCAGUCUUUUGGAUCUACUUCAAACUGCUUUGACAAGUAGCAAGUUUGCACUGAGCCUGAAUGGCGAAAAUGCAGAUGCCCUUUUCAAUACCGCACAGAUCCUGACAAGUCUCACUGAGAAGCUGUCCGAGUCAUCUACUGAUGGAUCUACUCUUCAACUGAUAGAAGAAGCCUUGCAACUCUUCCAGCUUUGUCUCGAAGUCCAAGAAAAGCAAGCCCAAGAGUCCGCAGCUCAAGCACAAUUGGCAGAAUCCAUGUUGUCUAAUGCUAGCAAAGAGUCUAGUAUUCAGACCUCACAAGAUACCAAUAAUACAGAGGAUGGCGGUGUCUCUCUUUCUGGCGAGUCUUCUAUGGAUGUCGACGAUGGAAAGGAGCCAGCGCAGGAUGAGAGAUGGGCAAGCAUUGUAGAGCCGGUUGAUAACGACGUUCUCCUCGACACUGUCCUCGCCCAACUGGAGACUCUCACGCAACUUUGCGGCCUGAUGCUGAAUGUCUCCGAGCAGGAAAUCAGCUGGGUCGAGGGUUAUGCUAAAGAUCUCAUCAAUGUCAAAUUCGAUCAAUAUUUAACCAAUACCGACCGAAACCUCGAAGCAAAAAUCAUCCGCGCCUCUUUCCUGAGCGCCUUUGCCAAUCUCCAAUUCCAAGCCAAUCCCACAGAUAUCCAAACCUACGCCUCCGCAAUCGAAAAUGCCCAUUCAGCCCUCGACCUCAGCACUUCCGCUGAAGGUCUCUGCUCCUAUGCCGAAGCACUCAUCGCCUUCAACUCGACCCUCCGCCUGCUCAACAACCCCAAAAUCAACUCUCGCGAGACCAUAUCCGCCCGCUGGUCUGCUCUUAGCACAGCACUCAAGAACCUCACUGCUGCGACCAAAGUACCAGAUGUUGAGAAUGUGGUCAAGAUCCAUAUUGCUAGAGGUGAUGUUGAGGUCAAUCGGUUCCAGCUGGGACAGUUGGAUGUAGUGUUUGAGCCGGCGAGAGAUAAUACGGAUGUGCUGCUCAGAAACGCUGGGAAGUUCUAUGUGGGUGCGAAGAAUUUUGCCAGGACUUAUGGGUGGGCUGAAGAGGGCCUGGAUGCAGAAGUGAAGGACGCUUUGGUCAAGGGACUGCUGGGAGAUGGCGACGAGUUGAAACAGCUUGCUGCGAAGAGAGGAGGUCCAUUGCUGGCCGAAAUGGUGGAUGAGGGUCUGGUCACAGUUGCCCAGUUAAAGAGUAUGGGUAUCAGUGGGUAUUAAAAUCUCAAGAUUUAUGUACCAGCUGUACGGUAUAUCACGAACCAGUCCAGAUAAGAGG